AUGCCAGAUCCAAGGAGCUUUCAGAUUCCUUGUACUAUUAAGAAUAUCACUUUUGACAAAGCUCUUUGUGAUAUUGGCUCAAGUAUCAAUCUGAAGCCCUUUUCUGUAAUGAAGAAGCUGCAAAUUCAAGAGGCACAGUCUACAAGAAUUUCACUACAGAUGGUAGAUAAAUUUCUGAGGCAUGCACAUGUGCUAGUGAAAAAUGUCUUGGUCAAGGUUGGAGAGCUUUUUCUCCCUGCAGAUUUUGUGGUACUUGAUUUGGGAGAGGAUGCAAAUGACUCCAUAAUGCUGGGAAGACCAUUCCUGGCCACUGGGAGAGCUCUAAUUGAUAUUGAGAGAGGUGAAUUGGUUCUGUGGCUGCGUGAAGACUACUUGGUAUUCAAGAUUUUUAAACCUUCACCACUCUCUAGAGAAGGAGGUACUUGCAUGUAG